AUGGCAACUGCUGUGGUGGCCCCCCAGCCUGCCCAUGUAAUGCAGCCUUUUACAAGACCAAUCCGUUUUGUGGCAAACGAUGGGCAGCCACAUGCAAAGAGGAGAAGAAUAAGUGCCGCGUAUGUUCUCCUGAUGCCCCUUUCAGUAGAAUAGCGAAAGUUAAAAAGAAAAAAAAAACUCGCUCUUUUCCUUUCCAUCUUCUUGUCUCGUCCGACGAUACUACUUCCGCCUGCCAUCCCACUUGUGGGAUCCGGCGACCUGAUAUUACACUUGUACAUUCCCUCGCAAAUAACCAUGUAUCCAUCCAACCUUUUGGUAUAUCACGAUGUGUAUAUAUGCUUGCUCCUUGCGUUACCUUAUCAGGUCUCCUUUCCUCUACUUUUCUUGAUUUUACUUUAUUGACUUUUCUGUUGGGUUGCACGUUGAAUGCUGACUUGUUUCUCUCCUCUUGACGGAAAUUGCCAUAAAGGUGCAAGACAUGCCGCAAGAGGAAAACCCGCUGUAGCGGUGAGAAACCUAUCUGUGAGACCUGUCGUCAAAACGGCCAUUCGUGCCUAGGGUAUUCCGACCCCACCAAUUCCACGCCAGUAUCAUCAGCACACCAAACCCAGCGUCAACAAAGCCGGGCCCGCUCCGAAUCUGCCCCCACCGUAGUCACCACACCCGCGGAUAAACCGCUAAAAGAGUCAUUAUUCUCUCCAACCCCUUCUUCACCACAUGAUCGCCCCAGGAGGCAUUCAGUACAGCAGCCCUUGCCGAGUGAACAACAUGAGCUGCGAGGUACGGAAUCGAGGGUAAGAUCACAAAAGCGGAAAUCAACCGACUACCAUGAUGCUGCCGGUAGAGGCCACGAAUAUGACACGGAUAGUGGCAGAGUUGAUGGUGGAAGUGGGGGCGAAUUGACGGACGGGGGUCCUAGCCCUGUUUUGAGAUGUUCGUAUCAUGUCUUCCUGCGCCCUGCUUUGCUCCCCUUUAGCCCUUUUUGUCUCCGUUUUAUAUACCCACGACCCUCCUUGCCUGCAAGUCUGUUUUGUUUUACUUUGUUUUAUUUUGUUCUUGGAAGAUAUUAAGGUUAACCGUUUUUUUCAAAAAAUAUUAUUUCACGGUAUUCUAUAGAUCCUUCGCCUCCAUCGCAAAGACUUGCACACCGCAUGCCUUAUUUCCGUUAUUUCGGCCCCACGGCUAUCGUGCCGGGAUACAAACAAAUGGUUGUCGAAGUCCACGAUAGGAAUAAUAUACCUCGACAUUCCAGUCUCUCAAUGAGUGCGAACUCCUCGGUGACGUCGCCAGCAUCAACAUUUGGGAGUCUUGGGAAUCCAAACCCAACACCUACGGUUUCUUCUGGAACAAACAGUGUCCCAAUGGAGGAUAUCCCUUUCUAUGACCCUAGCGAUCCUGCCCCAAAUAACCCCUUGAUCGCCCAUCUUGUCGAAACGUUUUUUCUGCAUUUGGGAUGUAACUUCCCAUUCUUAAGAAGAGAGGUUUUCACGAAAGAUGUCGAGGAGAAACGGGUUGAAGGAAUAUUAGUUGAUGCGGUCUGCGCCGUUGCUGCUAGGUUUUCGAACAACUUUUUAUUGCAGUCACUCGUCCGGAACGGAGAAAAGGUACCACCAAGCGAGUAUGGUACUGCGUUUGCUAUUCGUGCAAAGAGUCAGGUAGUUGACACCUUCGCUUGCCCAAACCUUGCUUCAGUACAGGCUUGCAUACUGCUAGCGUAUGUGGAGUUUGGGAGCAACAGGGAUAGUGGACUCUGGAUGUUUCUAGGAAUUGCGAUUAGAAUGGCGCAGGAUUUGGGGUUACAGAAGCUGGAAGGUACCAGAGGCGAUGCGGAAGGGGGGUGUGGAGCUAGACGUGUUAGGGGAAGCAGAUCGCGCAGCGUAGAACAGAGCCCGAAGGCAGGUACGAGUGCUGGAAAUGGCCAUAGGGUGAAGCUCGAGUCAACGGGACGUUACGACGACGGGGCAGCUGGGAACCACGGGGAGUGCCUGGAUGACGAGAAUGUAAGGGAGGCUAAAGCUAGGGAGAGAGAGCGGACGGAUACGUUUUGGGCUGUUUUCUUUCUUGACAGAGUUAUUUCAUCGGGCACAGGGAGGCCCGUAACAAUACGCGACAAGGAGAUUGAGAUAGACUUUCCCCCCAUCGAAGAGGUCGACCCCGAGCAUGGAUAUCCACCACCUUUCCCUGCUCUGAUCAGGAUAAUUCAACUAUACGGAAGAAUAACCGACCUGUUGAAUAGUAUAAAAGACGUUCAUACUGUCACUCCAGAUACCUUGCGGAGCCUUUCAGGCAUGGAGGCGGAUUUAACUAAGAUCUAUCAAAGGCUAUCCCCAAGGCUUCAUUUUGGUGUUGCUAAUUUUCAACAUUACGCUAGCACCAAUCAGGGGGCAGUCUUUUUACUCCUUCAUUUUUGGUUUCAUACCUUAAUUGUAUUAUUGCAUCGUCCAACGCUUCUCAUUGCCUUCGAAGGAAGCAUACAGCAACUGUUCUCCAAUAGUCGCGAGUUAUCGAUGUCAUCAGCCAAGACAAUUGCCGACAUCUUGGCAUUUGCGGAGUUGCUCGACUCCAAGGCAGUAAACGGCAACCCGUUUACCAGCCAGCCAAUCUACAUCGCGGCGUGCGCAUUUUUACAGGAAAGUGCUGCACAUUCUUCUUCAAAUCCGACAUCGAGAUCCUCUUCACCGCCUCCUUCGGGAUCCUUGCCGUCAUUCAAUGCCUUGACGCUUGGAAGCAUGGCAUCAGAGUCCAGCAGUAGUACCAGCAGGCCCCCAACAGCCGGUCGAGGUUCACCAGCCAGUAGCAGCGGGACUACUGUUGGCCCCGGGAAUAACGGUAUUACGGGUGGAGGAACAACCAUCACCAGUGGAAGGGGAAUGAUUUCAAGUUUUGGGUCAAAGAUGAUGGAAGAGGGAACUCUAGUUCAGAAACUAUCGACGAAGCAUGCUUUGCUCGCCCAAGCAGCUCACCAGAAUUACCAAAAAUGCUACAAAGCGUUGAAAGCGAUGGAGACUCAUUGGGAGGGGGUGAAGUACAUUUUGACGGUCAUGGAUCAAAAGGCAAAAGGGAUCGUAGAUCCCUUGCUCUACACGGUUGAGGAAAUGGAAAGUGUCGAUGUCCAUAGGUGGGGAGCUGGGGUGUGGAACCGCUUGCGAAGCAAUUUAGCCCCGGGUGUGGAUCGAGUAAACGGAGCGGUCCAUGAGAACAUAAUAAAACUAGAGGGAGGGCUGCCGCAAUCUAGUCUCAUGCCUCCGGUGGGUCAAUUGGGUCUGGUGCCGGAACGUGUGCCAUCACCGCUAACGAGCGGGACCCAUGGUUACCAUAGUCAAGGUUAGUUUCCAGUUUGGAACAUUUCUGGGUGAUUCUGAUUUUUCCGAAUGAACAGCCAUUGGGUGGUCCCUAACUGGGACUACAAACUCUCCAAAUUCAAACUUGACCUUUAUGUUUCCUGCUAGCGGUGAGAGUGGUGUUUACUCAAUACAACACCAACAGUACAACGGGGGCGCCUCGUCGCCACACGCCAACCAUCAAGGCGGGAUACAGCAAGCACAAGAUCCACGAAACGGACUUAUGACGUCUGGGAUGCAUCCGCCACUUCCACAUGGAUAUGUUGGUGCGACACCGGCUUCAACCGCAUCUCUAGCUCCAUCCCCCCAAUCCAAGUACUCCGUGGGAACAUCGGCCCCAGCCGCAAGUGAUGCCGAAAUGCUUCUAGGGCUUAGCGUAGAGCAACAAAGGCAACAACAAAAGGCGACUAGCGUUCAUCACAGCUCAAUGGAUGGGCUUAUCAUGGGAGAAGUUUAUAACAACGACGAAGCUGGAAGCUCUCUGGGAGCAUACAACGCGUAUAAUAUCAUGAUUGAAAGCGAAGAUAUCAACAUGAACAGUAUGGGGGCCAACCAACUGUUUCCACUCUUGGAGUUCGUGCCGUAUGAUUCGUAUCAGUACGGUACAGAGGCUGGGGAUGGUCUAGUUAGUGACCACCACCAUCAGCACCGUUGAACCUGGGAAGACUAGACGAUGAGUGCAGGAUUGCUUAUUUACUUUACCACUUUUUUUUCUAUCUUUAUUUUAGCGAUAUUCCCAUGUUUCUAGGUCAUGGUAUGAUUUUUGUAAUGGGUUUCAUGGUUUCUCAUCCUGCUGAUGACACGGCGACGAUCCCCGAGCAUUAGUACUUUGUAUCACCCCCAUUCUUAUUUUCCUUUCCCGUGGCGACUCUUUCCCUCCUUCCCAGGCCCAUUUUUCUACCACGAUGUCCCAUGGAAAACGCCGACAAAUGGAUUUUCAUUUACGGGGGUGUUUCUAGUGUCUUUUCGGUGCACCAGACAAAAAUAAGGCAGGCAAACAAGGUGCUGCUGUUUGGAGUUGGAUCUUCUCUUUUUCUAUGCUGAUUUAUCAGCUGUUUUUUCCCAGUUCCUGGACGAGCACAUGAAAUGAAAAUAUUCCGAGGAGAAAUCAUUGCAUCAACGAGGGAGGCUAGAAAGUGUACGGGGGUGUAAUUAUCUUUUUUUUUUUGGUUGCGCUUUUGAUUGGUUCCACUUUUUUUUGGCGACUGUCUGGCGAUUUU